CGACUCAGCGGCUGUGAGAUUGCAUGGGCAUGUGUUAUGCAAUAGGCAAAACUCCGCCUACAGGUGCGCUGAGGUUUUCACUGUCCAACAAAACGGCUCAGUCCUCUGGCAGCGAUAGUCGCGAUCUGGACUCUAAUAAACUUUCAUGAAGGGAUUUAUACAGAGGAAUUAAUCAGGUGGAGUUAAGGUAGCAUAAAUGUUUGAUCGUAUGUGUCGGAUAUUACCUCUGCUCCUGCUGGGAGGAUUCUUCCUGACAGGUGUGCGGGAUGUUACUGGGAUCGAAAUUAGAACGGAGAAGGAAAUGGAAGCAGUCAACGGGACGGAUGUGAAACUAAGCUGCACCUUCAGUAGUACUCAUCCAGUGACUCCACGUUCUGUCAUAGUAUACUGGAACUUCCAACCCCUGAAUUCAAAACCUGGCGAGUCUCUGUUUUACUACCAGGAUGAAACGCCUCACCCUCCAACGUCUCCGCAGUUCAAAGGGCAUGUAGUGUGGUCGGGAGAUAUCAUGAGAAAAGAUGCUUCCAUCACUCUCAAGAACGUGAAUCCAACUUUUAAUGGCACCUACAGCUGCCACGUGAAAAACCCUCCAGACUUUCAAGGCAAUAUUGGAGAGAUCAACCUCAGAGUGGUCAACAAAGUGUCCCUCUCUGAGAUAAGUUUGCUGGCGAUCAUAGUUGGAGGUGCCUGUGGUGUAAUCCUGCUCAUUCUCACUAUCUUUGUGGCAGUGAAGUUCUACAAGAAAAGGAGGAGGGGAAAUGACAUUGAGCUGCACGAGCACGAUUUCAAAGACUCAACUGUGUGCAAACCCGAGGAGGCAGUGCAUCUGACAGGGUUGAAGGAGAAAAAAGAGGUUAGUUCAGACGACGAAGAGUCUGAGCCCAGCAGUGGAGAUGAUGACGACGACGAUGAUGACGACGAUGACGACGAUGAUGACGACGAUGAUGAUUAGAUAGAUGCAUUUUUCUUGAGUAGCCUUUUCAUUGUUCAUUCACACAACUUUGUUGGGCUGAUCAUGUGGAUGUGAUGCAUUCAGAAAGUUUUGUGACCGCCAAUAAAAAGCAAAAACUUUUUCUGAA